GAUGGAAUGUGGGCCUCAAUAAAUCGUGCUGUCUUUCUAUGUGAUGAAUGCAGCAGUAUUCACCGCAGCUUAGGCAAACACAUUUCUUAUAUUCGUUGCUUAGAUGGUAAUAACUGGCCUUCCAAUCAAUUACAGAUGCUGCGCACGUUACACGAUUUGGGUUCUAAUAAGUUAUGGGAGCAUAGCUUGGCUGAAUUUACGAAUAUAAAAAAUCCGAUCAAAAAGCCUACUGACACCGAUUCUCUCAAAGAUAAAGAGAAAUUUAUUAAAGCGAAGUAUAAAGAGUUAGCUUUUACGAACAAGUACGCAAGUCGUGAUGACUUACAGCCUACAGAAUUAAAUAAGCAACUACACCUUGCUGUUUGCCAGCAACAUCUCGAAGUAGCUUUAAAGUAUCUUUCCUUAGGAGCCGAUCCUGAUUUCAUCAUUGAUGAUGAGAAUGACGUUACUAUCUUACAUGAAGCAGCUGCUUCUGGGUUUCCAUUGCUAGCAGAAUUGCUAUUAAUUUACGGUGCUAAUCCAAAUGCUAAAGACUGUGAUGGCAGGACACCAGCAGAUUAUGCGUGGAAUAACAAACAUGAUAAAAUUGCUGAGCGUAUCGUUGAAGUUCAGUACGAGGUUAUAUCAAAAAUAAUUCAUUUUGUAUCUGGAAAAAAGCCCGAUCACAAAAUUCGUAAAGUCUUUCCUGUGCCGGAAUUGCCUGCAAAUGUUAAUAUACAACGGGCGGAACAUCUUAAGGAUAUACGAAAGUUAUUUAGUAAACUUUCUAAUCGUCAGUUUGAAAAUUUAGUUGCUGAUAUAUAUGAUGAAUUAGAAAGACGUGAUGCCGAAAUGGCUGCGCCUAAAGACUACAAAUUGAAAAGUUUACCGGUAGGCUUCUUACCAAACAACACCGAUUUAUCUAUGACCAGAAAUCAGACAAGACAAAAACUAGGCCUUGUAACUGGUGUGGAAUUCACCACCUUACUGUAUGAUAUAUGGUAUGAAACUUAUCGUCGCCAAGAAGGCAAAGAACCAUUCACUAAAUGGAAGGAAUCGCAGUUUGGUAAAAAUUAUAGAACUUACUAUCGCUGCUAUCAUCAAUUUAAAGCAAAAAUGUUAUGA